AAAAUAUUAAGUAGCACAGCUGUUUUCAACAUUGAUAAUAGAUUUUUCUUGAGCAUCAGAUCAGCAUAUUGGAAUGAUUUCUGAAAGUCCAUGUGACAUGGAAGACUAAAGUAAUGACUUCUGAAAAUUCAGCUUUGCCAUCACAAGAAUAAAUUAUACUUUAAAAUAUAUUCAGAUAGAAAACUGUUAUUUUUCAAGUCUUUCAAAAACAACAACAAUAAGAAAAUAAAUAUUAUAGGCCCCAAACUUUUGAAUGGCAGUGUAUCAAAAAUCCGUGGUCAUGUUUUAAAUGUGAAUUACCAUAUUCCAUGUGCCAAUUUCAUUAACUCUUAUGCAGGUGCAUAAAAAAAAAAAAAAAAAAAAACAGUUACACAUGGUAACCUUCAUUUCCUAAAGAGAGGGAACGGAACGAUUGUGUCACGUGAUGACACCAGGGGUUGCUCUUGGGAGUCCAAACACCUCUGACAUCUUUGAGAAAAGGCUGAUGAAACUGGGUGUGCAGAAUUUGCAUAGCUGUCCACGCCCUGGAUAUCUGGGUAUAAAUAGGUUAGAGUAGCAUCUACUCGUUCUGUUCUGUUCUGAGGAGUCGAGAAGCAUCUCAAUCCACUCAGAGGCAGUUCGGAGUUGUAGCACGAAAGUCACAACAUCCCUCCAUCAGGGAAACAGGGUUAUCAUAUGUAACCAAGAUGUUACCUUUCUGUCAUUUGUGUCGAGUGAGGACACUAGUGGUCGCUAUACUAAAUGCCACAAUUGCCAAACAUAGAGUCACCAUAGGAGGACUCAGCUAGAGCCUUUUCCCAUAGUUAAUACUUUCCAGUAAUAAGAAUGGCGGAAAAGUCUUGGUAGUGAACAUCGGGACAGUGACAGUGAGCUUUGCUAAAUCAAGUUCAUGAGAAGGAACAUGAGCUGGACUGAAUGAGUGCAUAUACCGCCCACAAUAACUCUACGGUUAUCUGCUAGAGAGCCACCAUUUGCCAAGGCUGCUAAUGGCAGCCAUACCCCUGUUUGAGUGAGCCCUCACUCCCAGUGGGCAACGUAGGGACCAGAUAGCUUGCAAAGUCACCACCUAAUCCCCCACCCUCUUGACAGUGGGGGUAAGCGCAGUCAGGUAAGCGCAGUCAGGAGGGCCAUCUUCAUAUCAAGGGCGCUGAACUCAAAUGACUCAAAAGGGGCUCAAUCUUGAUCUAUCUGUAAGGCCUGUUAGACCACAGUGAGAUCUCAAGAGGGGAUGAGGCAUGGCCUUGAAGGGUUCAACCUCUGGGUGCCUCUGAGGAAUCUGAUUGUGCUUGCUACCGAUCUGCCUUCUUUGCUAUCGUGGUUUGCCAAAAUCACAGGAACAUACAAGUUAGGCAGGUGCAUGUUCAGGCCUCCUUGGAGGAAGGAGAACACCUAUCCGAUGCCACAUUUCUGAGGGUCCUUCCCCUGGAAAGAACAUCACAAGAUCAUGUAAAGAACAGUUUCAGGUCAAACAGCCACCUCAUAGAGUGGGCUGGAUAAAAGUAUUUACCGCAGUGGGUGAAAGGUCUCUGAAAUCCUCCUGUUCGCAUCCAGGGACCAGAGGUUCCAAAUAUCUGGUAGCGGGUUCCAGAUUGUGCCCUUCCCCGGGAGAGUAAGUCCCUCCUCAAAGGAAUUUGCCAGAGAGGGGCCGAUGCCAGGAGACCAAGCUUUGAGAACCAAUUCCUGUUGAGCCAACAAGGGUCCACAAACAGGAAUGGUCCCCUGUCCUCCCUGACUUUGAGGCUACUGGGAAAAAUUGCAUUGAGUAACCCCUUUCCUGCUGUGAGCCAGUGCGUCCAUACUGAGGGAACCUAAGUCAACUGGUGAUUAGUGGAUUCCCGCAAGGCAACAGGUCCUCCUUUGCCUGACCAAUAUGAUUCCAAUUCAGCUGAACCAUCUGGGAGAGAAGCCUACACUCACCUUGGAGUGUGACCAGUUGUGAGAGAAGAUCCACUACACGAUUGAGGUCACCCAGGGACCACGGUUUUGUGCCUGAGAACCGUCAAGCAUUUCAGUACUGACUGAGCACAAACCUCCGAGGGGUGUGCAGUCAUACUGUCAGAGUCCAGUUUUAUACCAAGAAAAGAGUUCUACUCUGCAAAGUUUUCUCUUUUCUCAGUUGACCUGAAGUCCCAGUAGGGCUAGGUGAUGAAUGACCUGUGAGUGCAAACUAAUUCUCACGAGUGAGCUAGGAUUAGCCAAUCAUUGAGGUAAAUGUGAAUGCCCACUUCCCUGAGAGGGCCAAGGGCAGCCUCUGUAAUCUCAGUGAAUAUGCGAGGAGACAGGGAAAGCUUGAAGGGAGGAAUCUUGUACUGAUAUGCCUGCCCUCAAAGGGCAAAGCAUAGAAUGGUCUGAGUCUUGGAAAGUAUGAGUACUUCAGGUCUACUGCCACAAACCAAUUUUGGUUUCUGAGACAUGUUAGCAUGUGUUUGAGGGUCAACAUUCUGAAUGUGAGCUUGAGCCAAUUCAGAUCAAUUGAGCCACACUCAGAUGCAGGAUUGGACCAAGGCCCCCAUCCUUCUUAGAUACAAUGAAGUAAGGGUUGUAACACCCCCACUUCACCUCUGCUAGGGUGGACAAGCUCUAUUGCACCCUUCACCUCAAGGUAACCAGGUGGUGGAUAUCUGCCAAUGACAGAUGGUCAGUGUGAAGCCGAAUCCACCUCCUGUCCCCCAAACAGAAGUGGAUCUGAACUGAUCAGAUUGUCCCUCCUCCCUGGGUCCCCUGCAUCAGGAGCACCUUGUAAACUUAUGAGGGUGCUUGGUGCCCUGCUAAUAAGGUGAGUGUGAGUGCUAUGUCAUUGAAUGACCUUGACUUCAGGCCCAGGCUGUUGCGGGGCCUUGGCAUUGAUCGCAGAGGGCUGUCACUGGUGACAAGCAAAUAUUGGCUGCUGUCUCGUCCUUCAGACAGAAACUCAGCCUCCACAAAAGCUUGCUUAGUUGAGGCAUCAGCUUCUGAUGGUUCAAGCCCAUUUUCCGAUGCAGCAAGAGACCGCUCAUCCUCUUUGUGAGCGGCAAUUGAGAGAUUAAACUUGCCCUGAGACAAGCUCUCAAGCUCAUUUAGCAGGUCAACUGGAAGAAACAAAGUGUGAGAGGAAUGAGAGGUCAACAGGGAAUCCCCCAAUAGAACUACUCUUGCUUUCAUUAGUUCUCCCCUGAAGCACAUCUCUGCUCAUACCUCGAAGUAGAAGGACCAAGGCGGGAAGCAGUCGGGAUCUUUUCUAAGAUACCGCGAGCGCAACUCGCUUAUUUCGAUGUCCUCACAAACAAGACAUGAAUCAUCUACAAAUGCUGUAUCAGCAUGAGCUUAGCCCAAACACUGAAUACAGAACUCAUGCCAGCCAUUAGGAGAGAUGUGAAUCUCGCAAUCAGGAGAACACAGAUGGAAAGGAAUGUUUGCCGACACACAGAGUUUCACCCAUUAAGUUAUUUAGUGAAAUUACUCUUUUUAGGAGGAAAUUUGCUAUUAGAAAGUCACCCAGGGGUGCUCUCACAACACUUAGCUGUGUAUGCAUAGUAUUAACAUGACAUAACCAUUCCAUAUAAAAAGAAAACCAAGAAUAUCAUAGUUUUAUCAUGUUAUAUGUCCAAAAAAAAAAAAAAAAGGUAUUCCCAGGGCACUUAUAAAGGAACCAUGGUAAUUUUAUUUUACUGUUUUCAGUGGAGUGUAAGGCUUAAUAUUUGGACUCUAAUGCACAUAUAUACACUUUAUUUAAAAGUUCAUCCUGUUCAUCCCUUGUUUCUGGAGGUGCUCUGCCAGUCAGAUGUGUACAGUCUCUUAACCACAGGCCUGCAAUGCUUUACUUCAGGAGAAAAUUCUUCUUUUUUAAAUUCAUUCCUCCGUCCAUCUCCUCUGACAUCUAAACCCUGAUGGCUCAGCCUGCAUCACUUCUCUCUGCAUUUAAUUCCCACACUGCUAAGGUAGGCCAAUAUUAGCAUCAGUAAAAGGACGGCUGAGCAGAAGAUGAAAAUGUUAUUGCUAUGUACAAAAUGGUCCUGGUGAUAUUUUGGCUGAUGAGUUUGGAGUUAAUGGAUGGAGUGUGUGUGUACGUGUGUGUGUGUGUGUGUGUGUACUUCCAGAUCUGUCCUAUAAUUUCAUCCAGUGGCAGCAGAGGAAAUGUGAAUGCACCAGGGCAGGAAGAAUGCUAUUCGGAAAUGAACACUGAAUAGACGUCUAAUAGCAGUGGGACUUUGUCCUCAUGUGCGUCCAUGGAGCCGUGUGUGUCAGAUGAACAUUUCCAGGCACACAGUCACGCGGAACACACCUUCAGACGCAUGGAGGCCUACCUGAGGACCAGGAAACUCUGUGACGUUGUCCUCCUCGCCGGAGAUCGCAGAAUACCAGCACACAGACUGGUUCUUUCCUCUGUGUCCGAUUACUUUGCGGCCAUGUUCACCAGUGAUGUACGAGAGGCAAAACAAGAGGAGAUCAAAAUGGAGGGUGUGGAUCCAGAUGCAUUAUGGGUCUUGGUACAGUAUGCUUACACAGGGCACUUGGAGUUGAGAGAGGACACAAUAGAGAGUUUGUUGUCAGCUGCCUGUCUUCUGCAGCUGUCUGCGGUGGUUCAGGCCUGCUGCAGUUAUCUAAUGAAACAACUCCAUCCCUCCAACUGUCUGGGCAUUCGAUCUUUUGCCGAUGCUCAGGGUUGCCUGGACCUCCAUAAGGUGGCACACAACUACACCAUGGAGCACUUCAUGGAGGUCAUGAGGCAUCAGGAGUUUCUGCUCUUGCCUGCUUGUGAGGUGGAGAAGCUUUUAGCUUCUGAUGACAUGAACGUUCCAGAAGAAGAAACCGUGGUAACAGCCCUGCUUAGCUGGGUCCGCCAUGAUGCUUCCUCCCGUCAAUCACAGCUUCCUGCUCUCCUCGCUCAUAUCCGCCUACCCCUGCUUAAACCACAGUUUUUAGCUGAUAUGGAGGCAAAUCCAUUGCUAAGGGACAGUGUGGAGUGUCAGCGGCUGGUGAUGGAGGCCAUGAAGUAUCAUUUGUUGCCUGAGAGAAGGCCGCUUCUCCAGAGCCCAAGGACACGUCCACGCAAGGCCACUGUUGGGGCACUUUUCGCUGUGGGUGGCAUGGAUGCCACAAAAGGGGCCACUAGUAUUGAGCAGUACUGUUUACGGAGGGACACAUGGCGGCAGGUGGCUGUCAUGAGUGGAAGAAGGCUGCAGUUCGGCGUUGCGGUUCUUGAAGACCGCCUGUAUGUGGUUGGGGGACGAGAUGGCCUCAAAACUCUCAACACAGUGGAGUGUUACAACCCCCGCAGCAAGAGCUGGAGCGUCAUGCCCCCCAUGUCCACGCACAGACACGGCCUAGGCGUUGCAGUCUUAGAAGGCCCCAUGUAUGCAGUGGGAGGUCAUGAUGGUUGGAGUUAUCUCAGCACGGUGGAACGCUGGGACCCUCAAGCUCGCCAGUGGAGCUUUGUUGCAUCCAUGGCAACACCUCGAAGCACUGUGGGAGUUGCAGUAUUAAACAGCAAGCUGUAUGCUGUGGGUGGUCGUGAUGGAAGUUCAUGUCUGAAAUCAGUGGAGUGUUUCGAUCCUCACACCAACAAAUGGAGCAGCUGUGCUCCCAUGUCUAAACGCAGAGGCGGUGUUGGUGUUGCGACAUGGAAUGGUUUCCUGUAUGCUAUCGGUGGCCAUGAUGCCCCAGCUUCAAGCUUAGCAUCUCGACUAUCAGACUGCGUCGAAAGGUAUGACCCAAAGACAGACAUGUGGACAGCAGUAGCUCCCAUGAGUCUCAGCAGAGAUGCUGUUGGGGUGUGUCUUCUGGGGGACCGUCUUUAUGCUGUCGGCGGUUAUGAUGGUCAGGUGUAUCUAAACACAGUGGAAGCUUACGACCCCCAAACCAAUGAGUGGACACAGGUCGCGCCGUUGUGUUUGGGUCGAGCCGGGGCUUGUGUGGUUGCGGUGAAGCUUUGAAAUGCCUCCCGCUGUCAAUCCUCUCCUGCAGUGCUCUGGUUGUAGUGUCCCCAGACAGAUCUGAGCAUCUGCUGACCAGAGUAGAGAAAAUCACUGACAUACAGCUGAAUACCCAACUGUGGUCUUCCUUUAUGCCUUCCAGUAUGUAUUUGUCUAGUAAAAGCAGUUUACUUUAUAGCUGUGCAAUCAAGACAUCAAGAGCAAGACUUCCUCCUGUCCGUCUCUGAUGAAUAGGGUUUAUUCAGUUUAAUAUCCCUAUGUUUAUCCAUUCGUCUAUCUCUGCAUAUCCCUACAUCCCUCAGUGUUUCAUGUUUUUUUUAUACACUGUCACAACCGUUUUAUAUAUGAACUACUGUUCAAAAGCUUGGUGUCAGUAAGGUUUUAUUAUUUCAUUUCUUUAAAAAAAAAAUAGAAAAAAUGUAUCAAGGUUUCACAAAAUAAUUUUAGCAGUUAUUCAACAUUUCAUUGAUAAUAAAUGUUUUUUUUCCAAAUGAGAAUAUGUGACCCUAGACCACAAAAUUUGUAGCAAAAUAGCCAACAAUACAUUGUAUGGUGCAAAAUUAUACAUUUUUCUUUUACGCCAUAAAUCAUUAGGAUAUUAAGUAAAGAUCACGUUCCAUGAAGUUAUUUUAUAAAUUUCCUACCGUGAAUAUAUCAAAACUUAAUUUUGGAUUAGUUAUCUACAUUGCUAAGAAUUUAAUUUGGACAAGGUUAUUUUUUUCAAUAUUUAGAUAUUUUGGCACCCUCAGAUUCCAGAUUUUCAAACAGUUGUAUCGCGGCCAAAUAUCGUACUAUCCUAACAAACUGUACAGCUUUCAGAUGAUGUAUAAAUCUCUUUAUGACUGGGACUGAGGUCCAUAUAUUAGAAAGAUUUUUGAAGGAUCAUGUGUCACUGAAGACUGGACUAAUGACUGCUGAAAAUUUGGCUUUGCCAUCACAAGAAUAAAUUGCAUUUUAAAAUAUAUUAAAAUAGAAAACAGAUAUUUUAAAUUGUAGUAUUUUUUCACAAUAUUACUUUUUUACUGUAUUUGUGUUGAGCCUAAAAGACUCCUUUCAAAAGCAUUUUAAAAACUCUUGCUGACCCCAAAAUUUGUAACAGUACUGUGUACUGUAUCUAUGUAUGUAUAUACAUGCAUUUAUUUGCUUACAACUAAAUAUUACACUUAGAUAGCAUUACUUUGGUAGCUUAUUUCCAUUACCCAAAUUUACAACUACAAUAUUUAAUACAUCACAGAGAAGAAACAGACUGGAAAUUGUGUAUAAAAAACAUUCAGAGUCAAUUAAAACAUUAAUAUAAAGUGCACAGCCAAAUUCUCUGUAGAAAUGGCCUGUUGUCUAAGAAUAGCCGGAGUGCAGUAAAGUGUCUCUAGGGAGAGCUAGAGUGCUGGAGAGAAAACUAGAAAACUAGUGUGUGUGUAUAUUCCUUCCGCCUAUUUUAAAUUCAAUCAUUAUUAUUAAUGCUUUAGCAGUGAGAUUAAAAGUGACAGUGGUUCUCAAUGAGAUUUUUUUAUCUUCAUGCAGGUGUUUUGUUUUUGUUUUGUUUUUGAGAACAGAACGCGUCAGAACAAACAGCCUGUAGUAGAAAAGAGAGAUUUGAUCAAAUGGUGCUGAUCACUAAGCAGCUUCUGCGACAGUCUCUCAAAUUUGUCUAUAUUAGACAGGCAAAUAGAAUGGAGGGUAUGGGGAGAAAAGAUAAGAGAGAGGAACGUGGGUAGAAGUUGAGGAUGGAAGGACCAAAAUUGGGAAGAAAGACGAGAUUGAAAUUGGACCGCAUGCUGAGAGUGGAAUUCGCUUUGACAUUAUCAGCCCAUGUGUAAGUGUGCAUGACUUUAUAUUUAAUUUACCUGCCCAAACACAGUUAGAGCAUAUAAGCAAUAUCACAUGAGAAUAUUGUCAUUAUACCUACAAGGGAGAAAAACAAUCCAUCAUUAUACUGAGCCCUUAUUCCACAACUCACUUCAGUCUCAGAGAAAGAAUGUCAUAACAAGAUCUAAUGCAUAUUCAGAACUCUGAAUCAUUCUAUCUAUUUUUUGAAUUUAGAAAUGCAUCCCAGUGCUCAGUGGAGGAAGUUAACCACACAAACUGAGAUGCUGUUCCCCUGCUGAGCAAAGGAAAGCUUUAGACAAAGAUUAAAGGAGAUCAUUGUAAAUAAUGGUUAUUGUGGGGUUUUCCUUAUGGCUUACACAAUGUUUUAUUUAUAGUAUUUCUAUUUUUGCACAGUGAUUCAUCUCCACAAUAACAGCUGGAUUCUGGGUCACUGUCCAUUUAAUGGAAAUAAAUUCUGCUGGGGAGCAGAACAAAGGCAAAAAGACCAGAUUAACCAUGAUUUAGGUUUACAUCCCAAAUACCAUCUCUCUCAAAAAUGAACGCCAGAUACAUGGAAAAAUAUACACAAAUAGUAAUUCAUCAGCAUGAGACAUGAACAUUCAUUUCGGAGAAAUCGUUUAAUGUGCAGUUUUGGAAUAUUAUUGUACAAAAUUAAUUAUUUUUAUAACCUUCCCUCCCUCAUGUGCACUGUCAGUUGUAAAAGUCAAAUAUCUAAACAUACUUUUACAAAUACAAAAUAUUUAAGAAGAAGAAAUUUAAGGAAUAGUUGCAGAUCAGUAGAUAAUUUAAGCUUUAGAGUUGGUCUUCUGUGCACAACAAUGUCUGGUUUCCACUCAGGGUGUCUGUUUCUUUUCACCAGUCUCAUUUUCUCACUUUUUUCCCCUCUUUCUUUUCUUAUUUAGUCAGGUGUUUGUGUAUAUCUACUUGUGCAUCAAUGUCUUUUUCUUAGAGAAAAGUGUCAUGUUUUGUGUGUGUUUUUUUUAUUUUAGUGGCACGCUCUUCAACCCCAUACUGAGUACAAAGUGCAACUAGAGAAGUCUGAGAAAACAGUUUUGGUAUUUUGAUCUAGUUUUCUAAAUCCCAAGAUCCAUCUCAGUGUUUUAAAUGAAGAAAGAGAAUUGCACAGAUUAGCAUAUGAAAAGAAACGGAAAGAAAUGAUAGAAAAGUUGAGAUCAGAGCAAUUAAAAGUAGCAAAAAAUAAAGAGCAAAGACAGCACCACAUACUGUUUACGAUAAAAUAUUCACACUAAAUUCUCUUCAUUCAGUCGAUAUCAGAAACUGAAAAACCGUUAUUGCUGUAGUGUAUUAUUUUGUCGUCAUACUGUUGUUAUUCAUUUUAUAUUUCAUCAUUAUGCUGUUCAUCAUUUUGUCAUGCGAUAAAAGUAUAUGAAAGAUUUUCAGAGGAAGGAUUGGAUUUGUUUUGGUUUGUGAGGGACAAACAUUAAUAUCUCUAAAAACAAUGGUGGUCAGUGUUAUUUAUAUAUUACUGCACAUUUAAAGUGUCAAGUUUCAUGGUCCUCUUAUGUGUGUUCUGUUAUUGAAAUGUUUCCAUAUAUUAAUUAUGAUCUUGCACUAUAUUCAUAUUCAGCUAAAGCAAAGCCUGUCUUCACAGUAAUUUUUUGAAAUUGGUGGAUCUAUUUUCAAAUUGGCUCAUCGCAGAUUUGUUUCAUUUGUUUUGGGUACCAUAUAUAUUGUGAAUGUACAGUAUAUCAUAGGAAGAUACUACAGUAUCAAAGAAAAAAUGAUCACAUGUGAAAAUGUACAAUACAGCACAUACUUAAUCCUUAUAGUAUUAAAUCGAAUCUUAUGAAAAAAAUGUCUGUAAACAGUUUGUAAAAAUUAUCCCUUUUAAUUCCAUUGAAAAAUAAUUCCUUUGAUUUUAAUCGUAAUCACAUUUGGCUGCACACCCACAAACAUACAGUAUUUAUGAUUGGAAUAUUUAUAUAUUCAUGAGGCUGAGUUGCAUAUAAUUGUAAGAAAUUAUCACUGAAUACACUACUGUUAUGUGUAAUUUAUAUAUAUAUAUAUUCAUAUAUAUUUGUCAUCUUUUUUAUAUGAAUACUGGAAGCUGUGUCAGUGAAAUAAGUGAGUGAUCUCAGGAGGAAACUCUCUUAAAUGUUAUGCAUAUUGUUGCAUAUUGUAAUGUAUAUGUUGUAGUUUGAUCAUGGAUGCAUCUCUCACUUGUGCAGAGCUUGCUACCUAAAUGAUGAUGGGAGGCAUGCAAUCUUUUUUUUUAUCGUAAUAUGAAUUGCUGUCCAUGCAAUUGUUUUUCUUAUGCAGCACAUUUCACAGUGUAUUGUUUGAUUUAUGACUAUUUUGGGUUAUUAAACUGUAAAAGAAU